AAACAGUCAGUGAAGGAAGCAAGAGGCCUGUUCCGCUCCCGGGUCUGAGUUCUCUUGCACGCUCUUUUAAGGGUCUGCAUUGGAGGAACUCUGCCAUUACCAACUCCCUUCUGCAAGAAGGGAGGGGGGAACAUACAUUUAUUCAUGCCAGUCUGUUGCAUGAAGGCUUUUUGGCUUCCUACCUUGCAACAAAAUAAUUGCACCAACUCCUUAGUGUUGAUUUCACCCACUGAGAGUCCUGGAGCCAGAGUCUUCUUUGGUUUGCACUGUAGGGAAGGGACUAAGUGAUAGAGACAAUGUCGCUUUCCUGAGCUCCCAAGAGUGCUCGUGAACUGGAAUCAACUGCUUCAGGGGAAGGAGGAAAAAAAAAAAAAAAAAGACUUGCUUGGGAGGCGGCGAGAAACUUGCACUGGAAUCUCCAGCAACCAGCAUUCAAGAAACUCCUUUCUACUUUAGCACGGUUUCCAGAUUGAGAGCUGAGAGACAGAGCAAACUGCAGCGCGGUGAGAGCGAGCCAAAGAGAGAGAGCCUCCCCAGCCUGGGAACUAUAACUCCUCUGCAAGAAGCGCAGUACUCCUUCCCCGCAUCUUGGGGAGACUUUCUCUCUUCACCACCCACCUCUGCCCGGAGAAGUGCCCUACGCCACCGCGCGCGUCCACCCCGGCUCCGAGCGUGCUCGGCCCCAGAGAGCCGGGAGGGCCCGGCGAUCGCGCCGCGGCCACCGCGAGGGUGUGAGCGCGCGUGGGCGCCCGGCGAGCCGGGGCCAUGGUGCAGCAAACCAACAACGCGGAGAACACGGAAGCGCUGCUGGCCGGCGAGAGCUCGGACUCGGGCGCCGGCCUGGAGCUGGGCAUCGCCUCCUCCCCCACGCCGGGGUCCACAGCCUCUACGGGCGGCAAGGCUGAUGACCCGAGCUGGUGCAAGACUCCGAGUGGGCACAUCAAGCGACCCAUGAACGCCUUCAUGGUGUGGUCGCAGAUCGAGCGGCGCAAGAUCAUGGAGCAGUCGCCCGACAUGCACAACGCCGAGAUCUCUAAGCGGCUGGGCAAACGCUGGAAGCUGCUCAAGGACAGCGACAAGAUCCCUUUCAUUCGGGAGGCGGAGCGGCUGCGCCUCAAGCACAUGGCUGACUACCCCGACUACAAGUACCGACCCAGGAAGAAGGUCAAGUCCGGCAACGCCAGCUCCAGCUCCUCGGGGGCCGCUACCUCCAAGCCCGGGGAGAAGGGAGACAAGGUCGGUGGCAGUGGCGGGGGCGGCCACGGGGGCGGCGGCGGGAGCAGCAGCAGCAGCAGCCACGCGGGGGGAGGAGGCGGCAGCGCGAGCGGCGGCGGCGGCGCCAACUCCAAACCCGCGCAGAAAAAGAGCUGCGGCUCCAAAGUGGCUGGCGGCGCGGGCGGCGGGGUCAGCAAACCGCACGCCAAACUCCUCCUGGCGAGCGGCGGCGGGAAAGCUGCAGCGGCAGCCGCCGCCACCUUCGCGGCCGAGCAAAGCGGAGCCGCCGCCCUGCUGCCCCUGGGCGCCGCCUCGGCCGCCGAUCACCACUCGCUGUACAAGGCGCGGACUCCCAGCUCCUCCUCGGCCUCCUCGGCCGCCGCGGCCUCCGCCAACCUCGCCGCCGGCGCCGGCGGCAAACACCCGGCCGAGAAGAAGGUGAAGCGCGUGUACCUGUUCGGCGGCUUGGGCUCGGCCUCUUCGCCCCCCGUGGGCGGCGUGGGAGCCGGCGCCGACCCCAGCGACCCCCUGGGCUUGUACGAGGAAGGGGGUGCCGGCUGCUCCCCCGACGGGCCGAGCCUGAGCGGCCGCAGCAGCGCCGCCUCGUCCCCCGCCGCCGGCCGCUCGCCCGCAGACCACCGCAGCUACGCGGGUCUGCGCGCCGCCUCGCCCGCCCCGUCCAGCGCGCCGUCGCACGCGUCCUCCUCGGCCUCUUCCCACUCGUCGUCGUCCUCCGCCUCAUCCUCAGGCUCCUCGUCCUCCGACGACGAGUUCGAAGACGACCUGCUGGACCUGCACCCCAGCUCAAACUUUGAGAGCAUGUCCCUGGGCAGUUUCAGCUCGUCGUCGGCGCUGGACCGGGACCUGGAUUUUAACUUCGAACCCGGCUCCGGCUCCCACUUCGAGUUUCCGGACUACUGCACGCCGGAGGUGAGCGAGAUGAUCUCGGGAGACUGGCUCGAGUCCAGCAUCUCCAACCUGGUCUUCACCUACUGAAAGGCGCGCGGGCCGGGAGAGAGAAGAGGGCCGAGGGGGGCCCAGAGUGGAAAAGAGGAAAGGGAAAAAAAAGAAGAAAGAAAAGAAAAAAAAUAAUAAAAAGGAGUAGAAGGAAAUAUAAGUGAAUCGAGCAAGAAUGGAAAGAGAAAAAAAGGAAGAAAACAAAGAGAAAGGAAAAAAAAUUUUAAAAGAGCCGGGCCGGCUUCGGCCGCGUCCCUGAUAGUUGGAAAAAAAAAAAAAAAAAGAGCUACAGCAUUGGGUUGGGGGGGGGGCGAUGGGUGGGAGCGGGUGUUGGUGCUCCCAUCCCCCACCCCUCCCCGGGCCGGAGGGACUUGGAGAUAGACAGGGGCGACCUUUUAUUGUUGUUAUUGAUGUUGUUGUUGUUGAUGGCAAAAGAGCUACUUCGAAUUUCCUCCCCCUUGCUUGAAGAGACACCCCCUUCCCCGUUGCAAAGAGCUUCCGGACUUGUCUGCACCCCCAGCAAGAAGACCAGUUGGUAGUUUUCUUAAGAGACUGAAGAAGGAAUCUCGUCCUCUCUCCUGGUCCCCACCCCCCACUUGGUGUUUUUGUUUUAUUUUUGUUUCUUAGCCUAAGGAGGAGGAAAAGGAAGGAAGAAAAACAAAAGGAAAAAAAAGUCCAAUAUGACCCUAAGGGGUUUGUUUUCUGCACCUUCCCCUCCCCCCUCCUUUUUCUGUUUCUUUUUCUUUUUUUUCCCUAAAGAAGACAGCAGGCUGCUGGGCCAUGAAAUUGGCCGACGGCAGAUGUUUGGAGAGAGGGCACCAAGACUGAAAAGACUCCACGCUGGCGAACCCCCUCCCUUUUUUUUUUUUUUAAUGUGUGUGUUGUUUUGUUUUUGCUUUUGUUUUUCCUCCCUCUCCUUCACUCCCUUGUCCCUGCAGCCAGAGGAGUUGAUGCAGAGUUUGCCUGGCCGUUAAGAAAUGACCCGAGAACCUAGUUGGAAGCCACGCCAACAAGGGCGAGGGGGUUGGACGAGGGGAAGAGAAGGACACAAACUGGAAGGGGGCGGGGGGGGGGGCUAUUCAUGAAACUAAAAUGGAUUUGCACGUUCGGGAGAAGGUGGCGGCGACUCCUGGGCCUCUGCCUUCUGCAUAUGAAAUCUGUGAGUCUGGUGAUCUCCCCCACAAGAUCCUGCCCCACAAGAAUCAAUCUCCUGCAGGUACACGCAGCCGCAGCACUGUCAAUGUCACCUCCAGCCAAGUCUCCAAAAGGGCCCCUCACUCUGUCUAGCGCUGGGCUUCCGCAUCUUCAGGCCCAGCUCCAGCUGCUCUAUGCACCAGGCCAGUUCCCAGGCCAACUGCUCCGCCUGCAAUAGGUUGAGUCAUUUUCAUUAGCAACUAUAAUUGGUUAAAUAAAAUGAAAGUCUUGCAUUUAAAGGUAAA